CAAUCUCAUUAAGGCAAAGUUCAACCUUCACUCCCCAUAGAGCAAGAAGACAUGUAACAAAUGGGGUGUGUUUUGCAUAUAUGAAAGCUACACUCUCUAACUCCAAUAAUUCAUAAAAACAAAGAAUCAGAAUCUGAGAGCUAGCUAUAUCAACCCACUCUUCUCUUCAUUUUACAUGGAAAACAUGGAUCUUGAAGAUUGGGAGCUUCUUCCUGAUGAUGGAUUCCUCCAAAUCCAUGAUGAUGGAGGCAAAAUGAUAUUUUCAAGAAAAUAUAACUCUGAUUCCAAGAAUGAUUUCGACAUGAAUUAUUUCGUUUGUCCUUGUCCAAAAUCAUCCCAAUUUGUCGACUCAACAAAGCAUCCUCAAAUAGUACCUUUUCCAAUUCAGCUGGAGCCAAGUAUUGAAGAAACCACAAAUGAUCAUGAGGUUAUUACCAAACAAGUCAUCACCAAAGAAAACAACAUUUGUGACUACAUUAAAACUCCAAACUUUGGAGCAACUAUGAUGGAAACCGAGCAAGAUCAAGUCUCAUCACAAGUUUUCUUCAAGAAAAUGAAGGAAAAUGAAUUCGAAAACAUGAAACUAGACUCACCAAAGUCCAAUAACAAGACCCUUUUGUCCCAAGCUGAUGCAGACACUUUCCAGUUUGAGGAACAAGCACAAGUGCUGGAGGUUGAUCAAGAGAAAAUUGGCAUGGAAGCAGAGAAUAUUGAAGAAAACAGUGGUGGAUUGAACCUGUUGAACAAGAGUUUGAAUGGAAUUGGUGCUAUUUGCUCUUUUGGGGUUGCUGCUGCUGCUACUAUUUGCAUCAUCUUUAUGGGCAAUCACCAAAACAAUAAGCAAAAUCAGCACAAGCUUCGCUUUCAAAUCUUUUCUGAUGACAAGAGGAUCAAGCAAGUAGUUGACCAUGCAACAAAAUUGAAUGGAGCAAUUGCAGCAGUGAGAGGAGUUCCAGUAACAAGAGCACACAUAACUGUUGGAGGUUACUAUGAUGCUCUUUAAAACAACGUACCAGAAUAUUUCUCAGCCUCAUCGAACCUUUUAUGUUACAUUAGAUUCUAGUAUAUAGAUAAGGAUCAUUAGACAUAUGUUGUAUAUAUAUAUAUAUAUAUAUAUAUGUACUCCCAAAUUCCACGAGACGAGAUUAUAAUAAGGUUGUUUAUUAAAGAAAUUGGAGUUUGGCUCAGAUUUAAAGAAAAACAAUUACAAUAUUACAUGAAUGUAAUAUUUUGUGGUGAAUUUCAUUUGCUUUUUGUUUG